GGGGCUGAGGCGUCUCUCCGGACUGGUGAAGCGACAGCCAAUGGGGUCAGUUAAGGGGCUGUGAUUGGUCGAGGCAGUGUUGACGGAUGCGUGAGAGAAAACACAGCCUGAACUCCGAGUCUUGAAUCCGGCGCGAACGUGGCUUUUGACCAAAAGAUGUAAAUUUACAUUUAAGCGAGAUAAACACACCCUUUAUUGGAUGGAGGUACUCCUUUGGAGCUUCUUUGGCGUAGCUGGCUAUGUUAGGCGCUUAAAUCAUUUUUCUCCGUAAUGGCGACAAAGGAGUGUUUUUAAAAUGCUAAUGUGGUGUUGUUAGGUGCCCUCCAGUCGGUUCCAACUCAUAGCAACCCUGUGUACAACAGAACGAAACACUACCCGGUCCUGGGCCAUCCUCACAAUCGUUGUUAUGCUGGAGCCCAUCGUUGCAGCCACUGUGUCAAUCCAUCUUUUUGAGGGUCUUCCUCUUUUCCGCUGACCCUCUACCAAGCUUGAUGUCCUUCUUCAGGAACUGAUCCCUCCCGAUAACAUGUCCAAAGUUUGUGAGAGAAGUUUCGACAAGUCUCACCAUCCUUGCUUCUAAUAAGCAUUCUGGCUGCACUCCUUCCAAGCAAAACGAAGUUUUAAAAAAUAGAAUUUCCUUGUGUGUCCAACUUAGCAGUAGCUACAUUUUCAUCUUUUACUUUUGCUCAUGUUUCACAAUGUGGAUCUUUUUGCUAUUGUGACUGUAUUCUCUUUUUAAUGAUGCUGACCGCUUUCAAACAGUUAAAGAUGUAUUGGUUUGUUUUUCAGAGUCAGUUUAGCCACAUCUGACCGUUCAGACCAGGCCACAUGUUGCUAACGUCUGUGGGUACACAGCCCGUGGCGACGAAUAAAGAUGGUCUCUGAUGGGAUACACCCGUGUCUUUGGCCACCAUUUCUUGCCAAAUGAAUCCAUAUGGGACCCAAAACAUUUAUAUAUGUAAGAAAUGACCUGAAAACCUCAAGAAACUCUAUGGAACCAGCUGGCUUUUCUCAGAAAUACUCUUGAACCACACUCUCCAUUUUAAGACAAGACAAAGAAAGCAGAGCCAAACAAAUGGCCUGGGAUCAGGAACCAUCCUGCAUUAAGAUUAACUGGAAAUUAAAACAUCUUAAAGAACAGUGGCGUUCUAGGAAGCAGUGAGUUUCUGUUUCUGGUGAUGGAAAAUUCGGCAACAGAUAUUGGUGAUGGCUGCACAGUAUGAUUAGUGUAAUUCAUGUCACUAAAUUGUACACGUGAAAAGUGUCAAAUAGGCAAAUGUUGUAUGUAUAUUUGUUGUUGUGUGCAUUGAGUUGAUUAUGACCAUAGUGACCCUAUAAGACAGAGUAGAACUGCCCGGCCACACCUAGGAGAUGUGUUACAGCUUCCCUUUUCUCUUAGUACAGCAUAUCCUGGCGCCUUGGCAGAGGUGAAUUAUCCAAUAGGCAAGGCAAGCACGGUGCUGACUUUGCUUACCAAAUCAUAUGUAGUGAGCAAUUUCUUUGAUGUGGUGAGACCUAUGUGAAAUUGUUCACCUCAGAUUAGUAGGUAAGCACAAGUAAACCCAUGCUUACCUUGUUUACUGGGUUGUCUGCCUCUGUCAGGGAUUGUGAACUUGAAAAGAGGCUUUGAUUCUGUAGGAGGGUGCUGUGGGGUUGGGAGAGAGACAGGUGCCAGUCCUACCUAGAAGCAGAACGUUUAAUGUGGUGAAAAAAUGUGAAAUUAUUCACUACAGAUGAUCUGGUAAGCAAAGUAAAAACCGUGAUUAAGUUGCCUAUUGGAUAAUCUGCUUCUGCGCCUUGGCUUCGUGUCUUUAUGGUUGAAAGGGUUCAAACCCAAAAAAACACGUUGCGGUCGAGUGGAUUCUGACUCAUCGCUACCCAACAGGACAGAGUAGAACUGCCCCAUAGGGUUUCCAAGGAGCAGCUGGUGGAUUCAAACUGCAGUCUUUUGGUUAGAGGAGACAUUGCACCACAAAACCUCCGACUUGCAGUCCGCAGGCGGGUCAAUCCCAGCCCUCAGAGCUGCACGAACAUUCCCGAUCGUCUUCGGCUCUUUCCGGCCCCCUCGGCUCUCCUCACUCAUCUUCGGCUAUUUCCGCCUUCCGCGCGCAGCCGUUGUCCCGGCAACGGGCGGCGGCGCUGUGGCCCGGGCUGAGGUUCCGGAGGUGUGAGCAGGCUGUGCCGCUGGCUGCUUCUCCGUGAGGAAACUUCCACCGAAGGCUAGUACCAGUCCUCCGCCGCCACUGCCGCUCCAGGAAUGGUGCCUGAGGGCUCCCCACGACUCAGGUCUGCCACUGAGACUGUAUUUCGUCAUGGCCCUCUACUUUGAUCACCGUGUAGAAGCCCCCAAUUCAGUGGGGUCACCUUCCCACAUAAGCUGGCACCCUGUGCAUCCCUUCCUGGCGGUGGCCUCCGUCAGCACCACCUCGGGAGGCAGCAUGGAUAUUUAUCUGGAACAAGGCGAGCACGCACCUGACACGCACAUCGAGCGGUUGUUCCGAGUGACAUCCCUGUGCUGGCACCCAACGCGGCUGAUCCUGGCCAUCGGCUGGGAAACAGGGGAAGUGAGCUUGUUCAACAAGCAGGACAAGGAGCAGCAUGCCAUGCCACCGAUGCACACCGCCGAGGUCACCAUCCUUGCCUGGAGCACCAACGGGAACUGCCUAGCAUCUGGGGACAGGCUUGGUGCUCUGCUGUUAUGGCGGCUGGACCAAAGAGGCCGAGUACAAGGGACGCCCUUGCUGAAGCACGAGUAUGGAAAACACCUAACACACUGCAUCUUCCGGCUCCCUGCUCCUGGCGAGGACCUCGUGCAAUUGGCAAAGGCUGCUGUGAGUGGCGAUGAGAAGGCACUGGACAUGUUCAACUGGAGGAAGAGUGGCUUCGGAAGCUUCCUGAAAAUAGGACCUCAGGAGGGGCUGUCAUUCUUUGUCAGCUUGAUGGAUGGGACGGUGCACUAUGUGGACGAGAAGGGCAAGACGGCCCACGUGGCAUCCACAGAUGGCCCCGUGCAGACGCUGUUCUACAUCGAGAAGCGGGAGGCACUGGUGGUGGUGACGGAGACGCUGCUCUUGUCUCUGUACACGGUGAUGCCCGAGGGCAAGGCCGAGGAAGUCAUGAAGGUCAAGCUGAGUGGGAAGACAGGCCGCCGGGCCGACAUGGCUCUGAUCGAAGGCAGCCUGCUCGUUAUGGCCAUCGGGGAGACGGUGCUCAGAUUUUGGGACUUAGAACGAGGUGAGAAUUACGUACUGAGUCCAGAAGAGAAGUUUGGUUUUGAAAAAGGAGAGAAUAUAAACUGUGUCUCCUACUGCAAAGGCAAAGGUCUUCUGGCAGCCGGCACUGACAGAGGGCGCGUUGCCAUGUGGCGGAAAGCCCCAGACCCCCAGAGCAGCCUGGGGACAGAGGGCAAGGACAAGUGGGCCCUGCAGACACCUACCGAGCUGGAGGGGAACAUCACACAGAUCAAGUGGGGCUCCAGGAAGAACCUGCUAGCGGUGAACAGCAUCAGCGCCCUGGUGAUCCUCAGUGAGCAGGCCAUGGCUGCGCACUUCCACCAGCAGGUGGCGGCGGUGCAGCUGUCGUCCAAUCUGCUGCACGUGGCCUUCCUGGCGGCUGGCACGACCUACAGCCUGCGCACGGACAUGCACGUCAGCGGAGUGUUCGCCACCAAGUACGCUGUAGCUGUCUGGAACGGGAAGCAGGUGGUGAUCUUCGAGCCUUCAGGAGCCGUGUUGCGAAAUGCAGGGACCUUCCUGUGUGAGUCCCUGGUGCUGGUGAUGCAUGAAGAGAGUGUCUACACCGUGGAGCCAAACCGCGUCCAAGUGCGAACCUGGCAGGGGACUGUCAAGCAGCUCCUGCCCUUCUCUGAGACCGAGGGCAGCCCCUACCUCCUGGACAUCUGUGGGAGCUUCCUAGUGGUAGGAACAGACCUGGCGCACUUCAAAAGCUUUGAUCUUUCCCGAAGAGAGGCCAAAGUGCACUGUAACUGCAAGAACCUGGCCGAGCUGGUCCCUGGCAUCGGGGGCAUCGCCUCACUGCGCUGUAAUGCCAGCGGGAACAAAAUCAGCCUUCUCCUCACUAAGGCUGACAACAGCCCCGACUCCAGGAUCUGCCUCUACGAUGUGGAGAUGGACAUGGUGACCACCUUUGACUUCAGGACGGGGCAGAUUGACCGGAGACAGAUGUUGUCCUUUAAUGGGCAAGAGACCAGGAAGAGUAGUGUCUUUGCCGACGAGAGCCUGGCGCUCCACAUCCCUGUGAGCCACUUCUGGGACCAGACGGAGCCUCGGCUGUUCGUCUGCGAGGCCAUCCCUGAGGCACCCGGGACCCAGCCACUGGCCGCAGAGAGGCAGCCUUUUACUGAAGACAACACUGGCCCCACGGCAGACGUCAUGGUGCUGUCGUUCUUCGUCUCCGAGGAGCACAGCCUCCUGCUGCAGGACAGCUUCCCCCGGCCAGCCAUUUUCCAGGCACUCCUGGGCGUUGAGGUGCCCCAUUACUAUUUCACGAGAAAGCCUGGGGAAGCAGUCAAAGAGGACCAUGUGGACACUGGGAACCACUGGGCUCCCCAGAUGGUGGGCAGGAGUCCGCUCCGGGAUUUUGUGGGGCUAGAGGACUGCGACCGGCCCACGCGGGAUGCUAUGCUCAACUUCAGCUUCUUCGUCACAAUUGGGGACAUGGACGAGGCCUUCAAGUCCAUCAAGCUCAUCAAGAGCGAGGCCGUCUGGGAAAACAUGGCACGCAUGUGUGUGAAGACUCAGCGGCUAGAUGUGGCCCAUGUGUGCCUGGGGAACAUGGGCCACGCCCGUGGAGCCCGAGCCCUACGAGAGGCCCAGCAAGAACCUGAGCUGGAGGCCCAUGUAGCCAUGCUGGCGGUGCAGCUGGGCAUGCUGGAGGAUGCCGAGCGGCUAUACAAGAAGUGCAGGCGCUACGACCUCCUGAACAAGUUCUACCAGGCUUCAGGCCAGUGGCAGAAGGCUGUGGAGGUGGCUGAGUGGCACGACCGUGUCCACCUGCGCACCACCUACUACAACUAUGCCAAGCACCUGGAGGCCAGCGCUGACUGCAACCUGGCCCUCAGCUACUAUGAGAAGUCAGAUACCCACCGCUUCGAGGUGCCCCGGAUGCUGGUGGAGGACCUGCAGUCCCUAGAGCUGUACAUCAACAAGAUGCAGGACAAGGUCCUUUGGCGGUGGUGGGCACAGUACCUGGAAAGCCAGGCGGAGAUGGAUACGGCACUGCGAUACUACGAGCUGGCACAGGACUACUUCUCACUGGUGCGCAUCCACUGCUUCCAGGGCAACACCCAGAUGGCAGCUGAGAUUGCCAACAAGACAGGGAACUGGGCGGCAUCCUACCACCUGGCAAGGCAAUAUGAGAGCCAGGAGGAGGUACGGCAGGCCGUGCACUUUUACACACGGGCGCAGGCCUUCAACAACGCUAUCCGCCUCUGCAAGGAGAACGGCCUCGAUGACCAGCUUAUGAACCUGGCCCUACUGAGCUCCCCGGAGGACAUGAUUGAGGCAGCACGCUACUACGAGGAGAAAGGGGAGCAGAUGGACCGGGCGGUUAUGCUGUACCAUAAGGCCGGACACUUCUCCAAGGCCCUGGAGCUGGCCUUCGCCACCCAGCAGUUCCUGGCCCUACAGCUCAUUGCUGAAGACUUGGAUGAGAAGUCAGACCCCACGCUGUUGGCCCGCUGCUCAGAUUUCUUCACUGAGCACGGCCAGUAUGAGAAGGCUGUGGAGCUGCUGCUGGCGGCCAAGAAGUACCAUGAAGCCUUGCAGCUCUGCCUAGAGCACAAUAUGACCAUCACUGAGGAGAUGGCUGAGAAGAUGACUAUCUCCAAAGACUCCAAGGACCUGUCAGAAGAGGCGCGGCGGGAGCUACUGGAGCAGAUCGCCAACUGCUGCAUGCGCCAGGGCAACUAUCACUUGGCCGCCAAGAAGUACACCCAGGCCGGCAGCAAGCUGAAGGCCAUGAGGGCAUUGCUCAAGUCUGGGGACAUGGAGAAAAUCGUGUUCUUCGCGGGUGUGUCCCGGCAGAAAGAGAUUUACAUCAUGGCGGCCAACUACCUGCAGUCACUGGACUGGCGGAAGGAGCCGGAGAUCAUGAAGAACAUCAUCAGCUUCUACACCAAGGGCCGAGCCCUGGACCUCCUGGCUGGCUUCUAUGACGCCUGUGCCCAGGUGGAGAUUGACGAGUACCAAAACUACGACAAGGCCCACGGGGCGCUGACUGAAGCUUACAAGUGCCUGUCCAAGGCGAAAGCCAAGAGCCCCCUGGAUCAAGAGGCCAAGCUGGCUCAGCUGCAGAGCAAGAUGACGCUGGUGAAGAGGUUUACCCAGGCCCGGAGGAUGUACCUGGAGGACCCCAAAGAGGCCAUGCGGCAGUGCGAGCUGCUCCUGGAGGAGCCAGACCUGGACAGCACCAUCCGCAUCGGGGACGUCUACGGCUUCCUGGUGGAGCACUUCCUGCAGCUGGGGGAACACCAGGCGGCCUACAAGUACCUGGAGGAGAUGCGCAAGAGGGUGCCCGCAGCCAACGUGACCUACUACGUGAGCCAGCGCACUGCUGAUGCCGUGCACCAGGGGCUGGGCAUUCCCGUGGCACGCCUGGGGCCUGAGCACGUCCACCACAACAGCGCAGACGACCCGCAGGACGAUGAGGUGGUAGAGGAGGUGGGCAAUCCCUGACUGCCCACACCCCACACCCUCCAGCCAGCUCCCUGUGCAGGAAAGCAUCUUCUGGGAUUUCUCUAUUAUCAGAAGUAGUACCAAGAAGCUGGCUUUUAUGAAAAAACAAAAAGCUUUUGUAUUUUAAUAUGUAAGCCAAGCAGUAGCAGGAUGUGGACCGAGAAGCUACUCGGUGGCUAGCCCUUCUUGUUCCCACAUUUAGAAAA